AGUAUUUGGAAUAAUAUUCUAUCAUUCUGAAGUUAUUUACCUUUCUUAAAAUCACGGCCUCUUCUUUUCACGGCCUUCAAACGGUUGAAGAUCCAUUGGCAAACCGAGCCCUUCAUCACCGGCAGCAUAUCCAACUCCGGCGAAGACUCACUUUCAGAGCCAAUAUCAACGGCUCUUCCCCACUCUGGCAGUGACAUCUCGUCCCCAUUCCUGCAACAGCAUCUCCAACAAGGUCGAAAACUCCUUAAGUAUUUCCAGAGUUGACUACAAUGGCCUAAUUGGGCAAGGAACAGCAAAAACACAUUGCCUACAAUUGUUCUAAGUAUAUGACCAAAGACUAAAGUGACCCUGGACCCCUGAGUUUGGCCAAGUUGAUUCCCAGUCCGCAUCUGAAAACAUAGGAAGUAGGUAGUGAAAGAGUGGGAGAAGUCAAAACAAGCAACUCUUCCGGAUUCGUAAUUUGAUAGUUUGGGGCGUUGAAAUUAAGAAAAGUCUGGUUAUUGCCGUCGUCGUCAGAGAAAGCACUAAGCAGCAGAGCAGCUUGGGGUUAAUUGAAUUAGAAUUGAUAAAAAUGUCUCUAAGAAUAAAGGCGGUGGUGGACAAAUUUGUGCACGAGCUAAAGGAGGCUCUGGACGCGGACAUACAGGACCGACUCAUGAAAGAGAGGGAGAUGCAGAGUUACAUUGAGGAGCGGGAACGCGAGGUCGCCGAGCGUGAAGCCGCUUGGAAGGCCGAACUCUCUCGUCGUGAGGCGGAGAUUGCCCGGCAAGAAGCUAGAUUAAAACUGGAAAGAGAAAACCUUGAGAAAGAGAAAAGUGUGCUGAUGGGAACUGCAUCAAAUCAAGAUAAUCAAGAUGGAGCUCUUGAAAUUACAGUUAGUGGAGAGAAAUAUCGCUGCCUUAGGUUUGCUAAAGCAAAGAAGUAGUAUUCUAGGGGUUUAGGUUUAUGAAAUACAUUAAUCUUGUACAUCUACGGUUUGUAAAUGUUCAACCAAGGAUACGAAAAUGCUUGAUAAAGGCCAAGUUUCAUUAUUUUCUCGUCUGACAGUUGAUCUCUCUGAUGAGAGUAACGCCACUUGGAAUUACGUUUGUUGUUAAGCUGUUUCUUUUGCUGUGAAGGACAUUGACGAUCGUUAUUCUGAACAAA